GUUCGUAUCAUGUACGUAAUUGAAGCUUCAAGUCGUUUGAUAUAAGACCCCUGCCCCCUUUAUUCACAUUUAAGUGGGUCUGUGCACCAACACUGAUCCCCGCUAUCUCAAAUGCCGAUAAGAGAAAAAAGAAGAAAAAAAAGAACUGCGACACAAGGUACCAACCAGUAUAGCUGAUAACGCGACGACGUCGCGUCGCAACCAGUUCUUACAUCUUCAGCAGGGUUGAAUGAGCCCUCGAGUCUGCUCAUCAUGUAUCCCCCUGUGACCAACUUUCUUCGCAGGGCUAUGCUCUACGUCCCGUCGUCGUCGCCUCGCAUGCUUACCAAGUCCCUCGGGCUCACCUGCGACACGGUAAUCUAUGACCUCGAGGACUCGGUGACGCCAACCGCCAAGGCCGAGGCGCGCGCCGCGCUGAAGACGCACAUGAACGGGCUGCUGUCGAAGCCGCCCAACAUCACCGAGUUCGCCGUGCGCAUCAACAGCCCCGGCUCGCCCGAGUUCGAGAAGGAUGUCAAGCUCAUCCCCGAGCUGCACUUCGUCGAUACCGUCAUCGUGCCCAAGGUCAACGUCCUCGGCGACGUGCGCGCCGUGUCCCACGCCCUUAGGCGCAAGGAGAACCAUAUCAUGCGCGAGAAGCCCAUCAAGCUCAUGGCCAUGAUCGAGACCGCGCGCGCCGUCAUGAACCUUAGCACCAUCUGCGAAGGCCCGCGCCUCAACGGCUUGAUCUUCGCCGCCGAGGACUUCGCCCUCGACUUGUCCCUCACGCGGACCCCCGACCUGAAGGAGUUCUUGUACGCGCGGUCCGCCAUCGUGACGGCCGCCCGCGCCAGGGCCAUCCCCAACGUGAUAGAUUUGGUGUGCACGUCGUAUCAGGGGCCGGAGGCGGUGGCGCAACUAGAAAGAGAGUGCCAAGAUGGCAAGAGAAUGGGAUUCACUGGAAAGCAGGUCAUCCACCCUUCGCAGAUCAAGACGGUACAGCGGCUGUUCACCCCCUCCGCAGAGGAGGUUGAGUGGGCUGUCAGGGUUACCAUAGCGGGCGAGAAAGCUGUAAAAGCAAAAAGAGGGGCUUGGGUUCUAGACGGAAAAAUGAUCGAUGCCCCAGUUGUAGGAAAGGCGAAGGAUAUAGUUAACAAGGCGCGAAAAUGUGACCUAGAUGUCGAUGGUUUACUAGAAAAAUGGAAAGACCAAGAAUUUGAAUAAACCACCAUUGAAAAUGAAUCUCGGGAUGAAUGUAAGUGUA